CGAUCCUCCAAGCGAAUCUCCCCGAGCAACAGCGCCAGCCAUGGUCGCCCAGGUCGAUUCGGCAGCGGGAUCUUCCCGGACCCCACCAGGGCUUACUAAAUCGUGCAAACUCCACAGUGUAAAAGGUCACGACACUUCAGAGUGCAAAACACUUUUUGCGCAAUUCCUCUCCUCACUCGAAAGCGGUGAAAUUAAGAUUCCUCCUCCGAAGCCAAAAAGCGAGAACAGUUGGAGCAGAAACAAGGACAGGAAAAAUCAGCGAAAAAAUCAAGCAAAACCGCGUCAAGACGACCAAAAGCCAAAGGUCGCCGAGCAAAUCCCACAUCCAGACGACGAUGGUGACGCCUCAGCUGACGAAGAUCCGCCAGCAGCCAGACAAAGGAUUGAAGCUAUUCGCGCCCAACCGGAGUCCUCAUCAGACGAAGAGAGCGAUCUCGAGGAAGCCCUCGACCCGUUGGACUUACGUGUACUCCUCAAACGAAAGACCACGUCGACGAAUGACAAGACUCCCGGAUCUUCCGAUCUCCGAGUCGAGCUCAAUGCUAAAAGAACUAAGCAUUCGCUGAGCCCAGGAUCUUCACUGGCAACUAUGGACGGUAAUCCUAUCGUCGAUCUACGAGAUCAGCUUAACGCGCGAGUCAGUGAUCUGCGUGCAAGGCUGGACCACAAAAAAGCCGGGUCGCCGAAAGAAAGCGAAGACCUCCGAGCUCUUCUCACCAGGAAGCAAUCAAGUGUCAGGCCGCGGAUCAACGUGAUUAUGGGAGGAUCUCCACCUUGCGGGGAUUCCGUACGAGCGGUCAAAGAUCACCGACGAAUGGUGGACACCUCGCAGCGCUGGCCGCAGAAGUCCCCAACUGAUCCUCCAAUCUCCUUCUCAACUGAAGACCUUCUCGGAGUGAACUUUCCUCAUAACGACCCUCUUCUCAUCGUUUUGGCUAUCGAUAAGUACGACGUCACCAAAGUGCUGAUCGAUACUGGCAGCUCGGUCGAUAUCAUUUUUCGCGAAACUCUCGUAAAAAUGGGAAUCGACUUAAAAGACGUGAAACCGUCUUCCAGGACUCUCACCGGCUUUAACGGCUCCUCUGAAGUAAUCAUGGGAACUAUCCGUCUCUCGGUACAAGCUGAGGGACUAGCUCGGAUGGUCAAGUUUUUGGUAGUCAGCACCAAGGCUCCCUACCACGUGAUACUAGGCACUCCAUGGUUAUACUCCAUGCGAGCGAUCGCAUCCACGUACCAUCAGUGCGUCAAAUUUCCGGGAAUGGAUGGUACGAUUAAGACAGUGAGAGGAGAUCAACGGGCCGCGCGAGAUCUCUUAAUUGCCACGGUCAAACUGCAGCGAUCUCAGUCGCUAGUCAGCUCGAUCUCCCCUCCUAUAAGCAAGAUCUGCCCACAAAAAGAAGAGGUGCUCGAAGUCCCAGUCGACGAAUCGGAUCCAAGUAAAGUGCUACGAGUAGGCGCUUAUCUAUCAGACGAGAUGCAGCGCGAUAUCACGGAUUUCCUGAAGCAAAACUUGUCUACCUUUGCUUGGUCGAUGACUGACAUGCAGGGAAUCGACCCGUCCAUCACGACUCACGAGUUAAACGUAGACCCAAAUAUCAAGCCCAUCCGACAGAAGAGACGAAAGUUGGGUCCCGAAAGAUCCAAAGCAGUUGUUGAGGAAGUCGAGCGCUUAUUAAGCGCGGGCUCGAUAGCAGAAGUUCGUUACCCGGAGUGGCUCGCUAACCCGGUGGUUGUCAAGAAGAAAAACGGCAAGUGGCGCAUGUGCGUCGAUUUUACCGACCUCAACAAGGCCUGCCCAAAAGACAGCUACCCGCUUCCGAACAUCGACAGGCUUGUCGAAUCAACUGCCGGCAAUGAAAUGCUCACGUUUAUGGACGCUUUCUCGGGAUACAACCAGAUCAUGAUGCAUCCUGAUGAUCGAGAGAAGACGUCGUUCAUAACUGAUCGAGGAACUUACUGCUACAAAGUAAUGCCCUUCGGGCUGAAGAACGCCGGUGCGACGUACCAGCGACUUGUCAACCGAAUGUUCGCUAAACAGCUCGGUACAACGAUGGAAGUCUACAUUGACGACAUGCUCGUCAAAUCAGUCCGAGCAGACGACCACCUGGCACAUUUACGGGAGUGUUUCGACAUCCUAAAUGCGUACAAGAUGAAGCUAAACCCGGCCAAAUGCACCUUCGGCGUAUCGUCCGGAGAAUUCCUCGGCUACAUAGUGACGCAGCGGGGAAUCGAAGCGAACCCGAAGCAAAUAUCAGCCGUCCUCGAUCUACCCAGUCCGAGAAAUUGCCGAGAAGUCCAGCGACUAACAGGCCGAAUCGCAGCACUUAAUCGUUUCAUCUCCCGGUCUACUGAUAAAUGUCUCCCCUUCUACGAUCUCCUCCGAGGAAACAAAAAAUUCAUUUGGGACGAUAAAUGUGAGGAGGCUUUUAAUCAGCUCAAACAUUACCUGACGACGCCCCCUAUCCUGGCAAAGCCAGACAUCGGCGACGUUUUAUCUCUCUACAUUGCGGUCUCAUCUGCCGCAGUCAGCAGCGUACUAAUCAAGGAGGACCGAGGAGAACAACGACCUGUUUUCUACAUGAGCAGAAGGAUUACCGGACCAGAAACCCGGUACCCGUCACUUGAAAAGAUGGCCCUGGCCGUCGUCGAAUCAGCGAGGAAACUCCGCCCAUAUUUUCAGUCGCACUCGGUAGAAGUUCUCACCGACCAGCCGCUCAGAACUGUCUUGCAAAAUACGAACAGAGCUGGCCGUCUUACCAAGUGGGCGAUCGAACUCGGAGAGCUCGACAUCACUUACAAGUGUAGAACCGCCGCUAAGGCCCAAGUCCUCGCCGAUUUCCUCGUGGAAUUCUCUCUGGAACUCGCUCAGGAUUUGGAAACUUCGGAUUCAACCUGGAUCCUGCAUGUCGACGGUUCCUCAACAAACAAAGGCUAUGGAGCAGGAGUUCAGCUUCAAUCCCCAUCGGGAGAACUCAUUCGACAGUCGUUCAGUUUCGGUUUCCCAUCAUCAAAAAACGAGGCGGAGUAUGAAUCACUCAUCGCCGGCCUUCGCCUCGCCAAAGCAGUCAAGGCUAAGCGGCUCAGUGCAUACUGCGACUCACAGCUCGUCGCCAGUCAGUUCAGCGGUGAUUACGAUGCGCGCAACGAUAGAAUGGACGCUUAUCUCCGAGUCGUACAAGCGUUAGCUAAAGAGUUCGAAUUCUUCGAGCUCACAAAGGUUCCCCGCGGAGAAAAUGCCUGUGCCGAUGCGUUAGCAGCACUCGGAAGAAAGCUCCGCGAUCAAGUCAAAAGGACUAUUCCAAUCCACCGAAUCGAGAAACCAAGUAUCGACAUCUCAACGGAAUCAGCUAACUUCGUCACCACAGAAUCCGAAACAACGCCCUUAUCUGAGACCAACGACGACUCCGAGAUGACAGACCAAGAUCAGCGGAUACCAGACUGGAGGACUGAAUUCAUCCAAUAUCUCACCAAGGGCACGCUUCCCACUGAUAAAUGGGCUGCAAGACGAUUAAAGAGACGCAGCGCGCACUACGUCGUCAUGGAAGAAGAACUCCACCGAGUAACAGCUAACAAGGUCCUCCUCAAAUGCAUUUUUGCCGAGCAAACGCAGUUAGUAAUGGCAGAAACUCACGAAGGAGCAGGUGGAAACCACUCUGGAGGUCGGUCACUAGCCUUGAAAAUUCGGAACGUAGGAUUUUUCUGGCCAACUAUGAAUACCGACUGCGAAGCAUAUGCCCGGCGAUGCGACAAAUGCCAACGACACGCUCCGAGUAUCCACAGCCCAACCGAGCUACUGCGAACUUCCGCAGCCCCUUACCCAUUUAUGCGAUGGGGGAUGGAUAUCAUCGGACCAAUGCCGAAUUCUCGUCAACGUCGCUUCGUGCUGGUAUUGACCGACUACUUCACCAAAUGGAUCGAAGCAGAAGCCUUCGCGCAGGUUACAGAGAAGGAAGUUCGCGGCUUUGUUUGGAAGAACAUCAUCUGUCGCCACGGCCUACCAUACGAGAUCGUGACGGACAACGGAUCACAGUUUAUGGCCGGAAAUUUUAAAGAUUUCUGCAACAAGUGGAACAUCCGACUAAGCCCCUCAACGCCGAGAUAUCCUCAAGGAAACAGACAAGCAGAAUCCUCGAACAAGAUUAUCAUCGACGGAAUCAAGAAGCGCCUUCACCUCAAAAAGGGACAUUGGGCCGACGAAUUCGACGGCGUGCUCUGGUCGCAUCGGACAACCCCCCGAGGAGCAACAAAAUCUACCCCCUUCUCACUCGCUUACGGGAUGGAGGCGAUGGCUCCGGCCGAGGUCAAUGUAACAAGUCUCCGCCGGUCCAAGAUGCCUCAGCAUGUUGAGCUUAAUCAAGAGAUGCUGCUAGAUGCCCUCGACGGGCUAGAGGAGAAGCGCGACCAAGCCUUACUUCGAAUCCAGAAUUACCAAAACCAAAUCGAGAGCUACUACAACAAGAAGGUCCGCUCGUGUCCUCUUGAGCUCGGCGAUCUGGUUAUGCGAAAAGUCUUCGAAAACACCAAAGAACCCAACGCUGGAAAACUCGGCGCGAAUUGGGAAGGACCAUAUAAGAUCACUCGAGUCGUCAAACCAGGAGUAUACCGACUCGAGACUUCCCGCGGAGAAGCAGUCCCACGAGCUUGGAACUCCAUGCAUCUUCGUCGUUUUUACUCGUAAAACGAGUAACUUUUCAGAACGAGUAAAAUGAUCUACAUCACCUUUUUAUUACUAAAAAAAAAAAAAACCGAGUAGAUGCACCCUACGGUCACUUCUACUCGUCCAAGUAAAAAUGACUACCAAGUCACUUUUACUUGGACUAAAAUGAACUACGAAAGGCUUGAUCCUCCUCGGAGGUACGUAGGCAUCCCCUCUACGGGGUCCAGCCCCAACCAAACAAACAAAAAAAAAUUUUUACUCAUCUCGUUCAUCUAACGAGCAAACGAUGCCAGCCCCAUAACUCGAAAGCGGCGCACGAGCACUCGCCCAAACUAAUCGAACGUAUCCUGAUCAGAUAUCGAACGAAGGGAAAAACAGAGUCACCGAUGAUGAAAAUCAUUGACCAAAUUCACGAGUGGAAUUUCGGAUCUUGUCACAAAUCGAAGAAUAAUGAGUUGGCCGACCUAAUUUCUCUCGAUUACUGUGUCGCAUCCAGAAACCUUUCCCUCGGAAACUCAUUUAGAAUUCUUGUCUUAAUUUGUUCCCGACUUAUCGCAAGAAAGAAUAGCGGGAUUGAAUUAACGAGCAACGAAUAAUUUCAUAAUCUACUAAGUUGUUAGCGGUUAUCCGUAACAUACUUAAAAGAAAAACACUUAGUAAAAUUUUCAAAGUUUGAACAGAGUGAUGAGUUCAAAGGCUCCGAAGAGUCAAGGUUAAAUAAAAAAAAGAAAGAAGUUACAACAAACAACAGAGAUUAUUAAUCGACCACAGGAGGAUCCUUGUCGCCACUGCCGUCGCCUUCUCCGGGACCCGAGACGCGGCCAAACUUUGUUGGAAUUGACUCAGUCACAUUUGCAGCUGGCGUCUCUGUUGGAAGCUCAUCUUCCUUCCCCGGGUCUUCCGACGAGGAAGCGGACGAGCUGGCAUUCUUCGAUGCCUUCGCGGGGGAAUCGAUCAGCACGAUGGUAGGCACAGCCCCGUCCUUCUGAAUAACUGCUCCCGCUGAUGUUCGCUCCGCCGGAUCGAUGCCUUGGUCAGUGUGCUGGUUGGAAGAUACGGCCGUCUAAGCGGGCUUCUCCGUCGGAUCUUCAGAGCGGGGAUCUCGGUCGGCGAGAGGAGUACGAAGAGCAAUAGCAGCCUCUGAAUCGAUCAAACCAAUGUUCGAUCCAAACGGGUCGAGCUGACGCCAAAUCUCUUCGAUCAGGAACCGAGACUCCAACACUAGCGGGGAGAGGCGAAGGUCCUCUGCUGGAAUCUCCUUUACUUCCAAGCGUUCUGCUUCUUCUUCAUAAUGCCUCUCUUGCCCAGCGAAGAAAUCGAUGGUUUCCUGCGGGAUUUCGACACCCGAGGCUUUAAUCUGCUCAAGGCAUUUCCUCGUUCCAAAGGCUUGGCUGUAGAGACAUCGAGCAUCGUCGUACUUGUCUCUUUGGUCCUCACGAAGAGAAAUCUUAUGGAAGCGCUUCUCGGCCUUAGCAAUCAUGGCAAUCAGCACGCGAAUUCUCUCGUGCGUAACUUCAUACCUACGAGAUUUCCGAAGCCUGGUCAUCUCCUCGGAAUGCCUAAGUGAUUCCGCAGCCAUCCUUCUCUCUAAAUCAACCUUUUCCUUCCGCUGCUUGUCCACCACGACUUCAAGGUUGUUCAUCGCCUCCUUACACAUCUGCAGCUCAGCCGCGUCAGAUGUUCGCGUCUCGUCAAAUGCUUUCCUGAGAGCUCUCUCCCGAGCAAUGGCUUCUGUCUUUUCCCGUGAAGAAACCCGAAGAGCCUCCUCCGCUUUCUUCUUAGCUUCCUCACUCUCACAGAUCUGCUCUCUGGCCCGCCUGAGGGCUGUGUCAUACUUCCCAACCAGAACAUUCCAGUCGCCGUGACUCUAAUCAAAAUGCAAAAAAAGAGACUUAGCCAAAAUAAUUUAAGGUUCAGAAAAGAAGGGAACGAGCAACCACUUACCUUUACCGACGAGCAAGAGGCGUGCUCAUACUCGUCUUUGAAGAUGAGGUCCCCCACCGAAGGAAGCUGAUCGGGACCGCCUUUGACUAACCGCAGAAAGCGAGCACAAUCCUCCGGGUAACAAGCCAGCGGAAGCUCUCGGUUGAACUCAAACUUGAACCCAUCCUCCGGGGUUUCCUUGGGACGGCCGGACACGCGGGUCUCAGAACCUUCCGUAAUAUGAGCCGAAGAGUCGCCCCUCAGGGGGACUUGCUGUCUUUCGGAGGCUGGCAACUCCCUCGGAACCUCCGAGAUGCCCUGACCGCCCACCGAGGCUCCACGACUCUGCUGAGGACCCUCUCGUCUCCUCCGACGCAAAGCUAUGGUCUCGUUUUCAUCAUCAUCCGAGGUCCCAACGUCGGGAGUAGCAUCGGGAACCAAAGCCUGGAGUUCCUCCUCGCAAACCGAGGAUGGUCGGGGCACGAAGAAAUCUUGCUUCUUCAUUUUCUUCUUCCUAGGAACGUCUUCCGCAGGCGGUUCCACGGCCUUCCUCUUCUUACCACCCUUCUUGGAGGAGUUACCCAGAUCGGUUUGACCCAUCUCAUUGGACUCCUUCCGAGUCUCCGUGCUUUUCUUCUUCUUCGAGUUCUUUCCCUGGGAAGAACCGCCGGUAGGCGCCCGCUCGGCGGUAACGGGAGCAGCGUCCGUAAUCCCGACCUCCGCAGAGUCGUCAGUACCCUUUUUGGCACCUAUCUUCCCUGCCAUAAUAAGGCUAAGAUCGGGCAGUUGCUUCAUUGUUCGGGCCCGAUUGAUCUCCUUCUGUUCGGCUCGUGUGAAAAGGGAUAACCGCUUCAAAGUCGAUCGAUUGAUGAGAGGAAGCGAAUCCGAGAUCCAAUGCUCUGCAAAGGAAAAUUCUUAAUAGAUGUUAUUCACUUGAUAGGAAACAUAAAAGCGAAAUGAGAACUCACGGCUCGCAAUCCGCUCUACAGAUCUUUGGAUUCUCUCCCGAGUAAAAUCCUCCCAGUUAUCCUGCUUCUGUAACGCGACGAUCCGAGCACUCUCCUUCCAAUCCUCGGGGUAUGCGGCAAGAUUCGGGUGACCAACUACAAAAAAAAACAACACGAAAACGUUAGGCGAGCACACGCUACAAUCAUCACAGAAGGCAGUGUGCAGUACCCAUCUCUGCAUUCCAAAGAAUGCGAUAACCGGAUUUCGGAGGUUCCUCGAACGCAGACCUGUUCGACUUCACAUAAAAGUACGAACGUUGCCAAUCCGAGGUUUUGGUCGGAUACCCCGUGACCACGUUAUAGUUCGGGCGCAUCCUCGUCGAGACGAGCCCAUCGUCGGAGAUUGAAACCGAAGUCAACUCUUCAAACGACCUCACACUCAUCGACGUCCCCGCCUCAGCCGCAAUCACCGACAGAACGACCAUCAAACGAAGAGAGCCGUUCAUCAGCUGGCUUAGAGCAACCCCUCGGCGGAACGCAUAAGCCGUGACGAUUCGAGGAAUCGGAAGCCACAUUUUUGUGUCGUUCCGGAAAUACGACUCGUAGAUGCACUGAUAACCCUUCGGAGGUGACCAAGGCCUCUGAUCUGGUUUCGGAAUAAUAAAUGAGACCCCGUGUGCGUUGAAAUCUCGGAGGAUAGCCUCUACCGAUUCCACGGUAGACCUCGUCCUCUCGACGUUCGACCAGUCCUGUCCAUCUACAACCGAAGGUCGAAUCCUCCAAACCUCCAGUGGACUCUCCUCCGAGAAGAUGUUUCCGGGAUAGUAGCUGAUCGGAACAGUCGAGAUGUCGACCGCAUCUUGACCGUCGUCGUCACCCCGGAAUUGAUCUCUUGCUUCCGAGACCAAAAGACGCUGCGUUAGAUCCAUAUUCCCCGUAUCCAUCAUUGCUUCGUGAUGGAUACUGUCAGGAUUCUCAGCAGAAUCCCGAGAAGAUACUGCCCCCUUUCCUUUUUGUUCUCGCGUCAAACGGUGCGACGACAUCUCGGAUAAUCGUAGAUCUAAAAAUAAAGAUAAAGAGAGAGAAGGAGCGUAGAGAGAGAAAGUACCUUUAGCGCUGUGGAGAAAAAUGAAAGGGAGCGGAGAGGGGUGUGCUAUUUAUAGGGAGAGAUAAGCGCUGGGAUCAAGGCGUCAUCAUUACGCCUAAUAAGGCCUAAGUGGGCCUAAAACCCAAUUAGGCGCGUGGUCGACAGAUGCGUCGAUCCGUCUUUUCGACCAGUAAACGUUUAUCUCACGACCACAACGCGUGGUCGACAGAUGCGUCGGCUCAUUCCCGAUUAAGAAGCGUUGAUUAAACGGAUCGACUCCUCAACGAUCUAGUCACUUGCUCGGAUUGAACCUUUUGUCCUCCGAACUAAAGACACCAAAUUCAUCGAAGAUCGAUCGCUCGACCAUCAAUGAACUGGGGGGGGGGGACUUACUGUUGGGGAUGGAUUUAACCCAUCCACAAAGCCCAUCGAACAAAGGGCCCAAUCCAGCAAACCGAGUCGACGUCGGCUCGGAAACCGACUCUCGAGGCUUCGACUUAACCAAGGAAUGCUGUUAGUCGAAGCAGAGAGCAAACGGAGCAGGACUGAUCGACUAAGCGGCUCAGAAUGAGCAUCUCCUAGUCAGGCCCAAAGGGCCGACAAGGCCCAAUCGGUAAAAGGAGAUUAGGUUAAGGUAAUCGAGCAGAGUAUAAAAGAAGAGGAAAGCAAAGGAGAAAGGCAUUGACACUUAGCUACACAAACUUAGCGGCGAGAUUAGGGUUUAUCAUCCGUACAAUCAUCUCUCUGCUAUUUGUACUUUUCCGGUUUAAGCUCUCACGAGCUCCGGCUUGCUUUUACUUUCUCCACCUUUGUAACAUCAUCUCGAAAUCUAAUAAACGCCUCUGUUCGACCCAUUUCUAAGUAUUGUUUACUUCACCCGAGACCAAACUCACCUUAAACAGUAACUUACAAAGAGUAAACCAAAGUUACCCUAGUAAUACUAGUAUACUACUAUACUAGUUAUACUAGUUACCUGAGUAACUUUGGAAGAAGAAGAGAAGACAUAUUCCCUUAUUUAAUGCAUCAGACUGUUGCAAGGGAAGAGGAGACGCGUGUGACAGGCUGGAAAAGAGCUGGAUAAAGCAAAACGAGCUUUAUGCAAAUAUAAGAAGCUCAUUGGAUGGUUUGAAUUAAAGCAAACCUUAUCUCUUGUAAUUGUGCUUCUUUACGAAACCCUCAUCCUAGUGUUGCCUCCUCAUAUAUAUUGUAAACUCUUAUCAGAUUAAUAAUGAAGAAGUUUGGGAUUAUCUCUCUUGUUCAUAAUGAUUCUUAAAUACUAUUAAACAUGUUUAUUUCCUAAUCUCUCGAUAAAUCUCCCAUUAACCUUCUCUAAUCUACCUUCAUCUCUCAAUACCUACUAUAUUCUCUAAAAUCAUACUGGGUGGUUUGAAAGGCGACACACAAGGUUGCGGAAAGACCCUAUGAUACUGGGUGGUUUGACUGUGGUUUGGAAUGUUACGUCAAGACCAACAAGGAAAGAUAUGUUUACUUGGAUAAUCACUCGACAAGAAACAAAGGCUGUUCUAAGCAAAGAAAAAAAGAGAUAAACUCAUAAACCUAAGGAAAAAUCGAUUGAUUCAUUAUGAGAAAGAGUUUACAUACUUAUACUACUUGUGGUCAAAGAAAGACAUUAAUAAAACACUUAGGAAUAACAAAGUUGACUGAGAAUGUUGAGAGGCAGUCAAAUAAACUCUUCAGAUCAGAUCUGGUCAAGGUGACCCUUCGGCUGAUGUCUAUAUUCCUCCGGCCAAGUUGGUUCGAUUGCGGUAAGGAGCUGGACGAACGCGGGACUGUCUGGACAGUCUGACGGGUGAUCAAGCAGUGCACUGAUGCAGCCUAAGUCUUCAGAUAGCUUGAUGAUUCAUACCUUAGAAAAAUCUGAGUGAUAGAAAUCCUUCAGUGCGUCGGACAUGAGAGACAGUUCGUCGGUUCAGUCUUCAGGACACUUAGUACGCACCAAACGGCCCAAAAGAGAGAAGUCAUGACUGCUUUGGGAAACCUCACGACCCAAGUCAAGUCUGGUUUGGCUGUUGGCUUUGGCUUGUCGAGAUGGUUGGGAAGGACGAGCUCUGGUGCGGUUAGUUCGGACAUCUGUUCGUGGAUCUGGCUGAAGCUCCAUUCCGGAUGUAAGCGGGUCGAGACGGUACACGGCUCGGACGUCCUGAUCGGCAAGGUCGGAUAGACGAACCUCGGCUAAGUUGUUCUAAACGGUCUGAUCUUCAGUCUGGUCCGGUUCCAUUUACUGAUCCAUGGACUGAGGCGCAUCAGGUAGGACUUAUCCUCUUCAAACCCGGCGGUUACAAGGGAAGCAACAAUAUUUAUUCGUCCUUGAACUCGGAUAGAAGGGGCUGACAUGACCUUUUAUGGCCCAAGUCAAAAUUGACCCGAAGGCAUGAAUGGACAAGAGUCGGACCCGUUAUUUAGAUAACUUGUGUCGACCCGACUAAGGACUUCUUCGCAUUGAUUAAUGUCUUUUACUUUGCAUACUAUGACGUAGUUAAUACAUUCCUGCUGCUGAUCUUCCAUUCAUAUUGCUUCGCUCCCAUUCCUUGGAUCUCCUCCUUUUGUAGAUGUCGUUUAGUCACUUGUUCUAGCUGCCCUCUGCCCCCGCUUGGGUGAGCCACUCUCCGUGUUUCAUGAUGUCAUUUAAUGAUGCGUCAAGCUGUCCUCUGCCCCCGCUUGGCCGAGCCACUCCUGGCGUUUUCUGGACGUCACUCGAUGACUUGUCGCCUCUUCUUAAAUCUCCUUUGCCAUGGGCAUGUUGAUGGGACUUGUUGAUGUGUGUUGCCCCUUCGGUUAACGCUUAGCUCAUUUUCCCAUGCUUUCCUCAUGGUUGUGUCUUCUUCAGAGGUAUAUCAGGGUACAUUGCCAGGAAAAGCGGUAUUAAGGUGGUUGGAACCUGGAAGCUGGGAUCCAGAACCUGGAAGCUGGGAUCCGGAACCAAGAGGUUUGGCUUUUUCUUUUAGAUCAAUAGUAGCAAGAACAUGUGUUCUCUGGUUCCCUUUUUUUCCAUUUUCUCCAAAUGAGUAGAGGAUAUGAAGACCAGCACUCCUUGAUGUAGUAUUAGCAUUUUCCCUGGCUCCUUUGCAGGAGGUAGAGCAGCAGUCUUCCCGGCGCUUGGGCAGGGUUCCUUUCGCGGAACGACUCCAAUGGAAUUUGAUUGGUAUUUAAAGGCGUUCUAUCCACUUAGCUGUCAGACUUAUCUAGGAUUCUGCUACAACUUAGAUUCCCGAACAUAAAGAGAGAGGUGGCUUUCCAGUUACCUCUUAGUGGUUAUCUGGUAUGCCUGCAGUAUUUCCAGGAACUCCUCUUCUGGCUCUUCCAGCUUUUGGAAUUUGUCAAAGUUGUAAUCCUGGCCGUAAGAUGUUAUGCCCUGCUUGAGGACCUCUUAUCUUUCUCAUAUGUGGCGAAGUUGUAAGCUUGGAAGGAUUGAUGGCGUCGAGGGCUUGCUGGAUUGCUGCCAGUUGGUUACCCGCUGAUUUGAUGUUGGUGAUGACUGCUCGCGUUGGGCCCAAAGUUUGUAAAGUCUUGACAUAUAGUUAAGACCUGAACCAGCAUGAACCAAAGAUUGUAAAGGUCGUGUUUGAGUUGAGACCCGGAACCAGCAAGGACUAGCAGGAACUCAUAUGUAAUUCCUGCAUUGGAUCCCUCUACUGUUGUUAGCAAUGUGUUAUCCUCCCUUCAAGAGGUGUUUCCAGUUGCAUGAGCUUUAGAACUGGUAAGAAUGUGUCGUUUCUUGCCCCCUGGUAGCUACGUUUGAGAGAUUUUGCAGGUACAAAUGAAAUGUCUCUUCCGCCUGUCACAUCAUCACGUAGUAUAUAACUGCCCCUCCUUAUAGCGCCAAACUGUUAGAGAAUUUUUGUGUACAAACGAUCCGUGCUCAGCUCUACGGAAUGAUAGGAGGAAGAAGACAUGUCGUUUAGUAAAAUCUCCUGCUUCGAUAGUUGAUAAACCAUGAGAUCCUGCUAUUAGGAUAUUGCCAUAUGGGUAUGGGCCAGUAUAGGCCAUCGGUGCCUUAGUAGAAGCAGGGGAGAUUGGUCGUUAGGCGGGGGCUGCCUAUCGAUAGUGAAGAUCGCGGGGUCUUCAUGAUCUAUGAUCGAUGGUUCCGGCUACCAAGGUCGGUCCUUAGGGGCCUCCUGAUCUGUACUUGAUGGUUACGAAUGCCAAGGUCGGUAUGCACGGGACAAUGGAAGGUGUUUGGAUUUAAGCUGGAUCCUUCAGUGGGGAUUGCCUAUGUACCCUUCAGUGAGGGAUCAAGCCGUUCGUAGUUCGUGUAUAUGGAGGCACGAAGCCUAGAUGGGCGCAGAGCCUGAUGGAGGCACGUAGCCUAGGGAGCACGGGGCUCUACUAGGCACAUGGCCUAAUGGGCACGUAGCCUAGGGAGCACGGGACUCUAGUGGGCACAUGGACUAAUGGGCACGUAGCCUUGGGAGCACGGGGCUCUAGUGGGCACAUGACCUAAUGGGAACGUAGCCUUGGAAGCACGGGGCUUUGUAGUUAGUAGGAAUCAUCUGUUCUAGGGGGCACAUGGCCGGAAAGAUGGUUGACCUGUCGAUAUGCUGCAGUGAGCAUGAUGUGUCGAGGUGCUUCAGUGAGCAUGCAGGGACCCUACUGAUGAGCUGGAGAUCGUGGCCUAAGCCAGUAGGUAGAGUUGUAGACGUGUUGCAGUGAGCAUAUAUCUUCAUCUGGUUGAUAGUAAUCGCAGGGAUUCGUUUGUUAUGAGCAUGUUGAUGAAGAUGGUCUUCUAGGUGCAAAACCUUGCCUUGGCGGCUGUAGAAUUGGUGAGCUCUGAGGCUGGAUGUCUUCCACCUUUCCUUUAAGUUUAGAAACCUGUUUUUUAUAGUGGAGGUCGUGCCUCUCUCUUUGGAUUUGGAAAUAUUCAUUAUAUCCUUAGAUAAUAGAAUAUUUCCCUUUUUCUUAAGGGAGGUCAUAUGUAUUGGAAUACUUCCUCUUUCUCUCGGAUUUAAGGAGAUUCCCUCUUGUCCAAGCUGGUUAUCUUAUUAAAGGAAGAUUUUCAUUUAUCCUAAGGCAGGAUAAAUCACUUGGUCUGGAAGGCAGAGGCUGGAGGCAGGGACCCAAACCCGGGGGAAGGGACCCAGACGCGGGGGAAGGAACCUGAAACCUGGAGGAAGGAACCUGGAAGCCGGAAACUGGAGUAAUCUCUUCAUGGAAUAUUUUUUUCCAGCAGGUAGUACUAAACAAACCCUCAAAAUAAUCAACCGCCACCUUCUCAACGCCAUUCUCUUCUGUUAUUCAAUUACCCCCUUCAUCAUGAAGCCUCACUAUUUUAUGACGAGCCCAACGUUGCUUUGUUAGAGCAUGGUGAAAUUUAGUAUUAAGAUCCCUAGAUGAAUACCACAUGUUCCGGCUUUUCUGAUGCCAAUAUUCCUCCUCAUCCUUAUAAGCCUCUUGUAAUUUUAUGGAAACCUCAAAAAUAUCCUCUUGUGAUCUAUUGUCAUAUGUAUGUAGUUCUUCCAGCGCUUGUUGAAAUUCUUUAAUUUUAUCCUUCCCAUAUGGUUGAUUGUUUUUCUGCCAUGAAGAUAUUUCAUGACGACAAUUAUUAAUUUUUGUAACAACAUCUUCUGCUCGUCCUCUCUAAUUUUCUGUCCAGCCUGUCACAAUUGAUUCCAUAAGUCCCUCCUGCCCGAUCCAUCGCUUAUCAAACCUGAACUAUCCCUUUUUUUUUUGUAACUUGUCCUCUAAAAAAGCUACCACAGGUUGAUGAUCCGAUCCCACCAUCCCUAGGUAUUAUGUAUAAGAACAUGGAAAUAGUGUAUGCUAUUCCUCACUUUGCCAAAGCUCGAUCCAGUCGACAUCUGAUUGUCACUGCUCCUUUUACUUUACCUCUCCUUCCUUGCUAUGACAAUUUAUUACCAUGGGCCAAAAAUUCUAGUAAUCCAUUAUUCCUUAUCAUAUUAUUAAAAGGAAUGAAGGAAGUUGCACAUCGUAGGGAUCCCCUAUCCUUUUCAUGAUUCUCUGUAAUCUCAUUUAUAUCUCCAAUAAUAAACCAAGGCUCAUAUCGUGCUAGUCCAUACCGAGUUAAUCUUUCCCAAACCUGUUCUCUUAACUUUGGGACCAGAUCUCCAUAAAGAAAUGUAAGGAAAAAAUUUUUUCCCAAUGGUCGCCGCCUCAAUAUCUAUCAUUCUAUUGCUAGAAUAUAGAAUCUUAACUUGCUAUUCAUUGUUAUAAAAAAGAGGUAAACCACUGCUCCUCCCAUUUGGGUUCACAGUAACCAGACUAUCAUAUCUAAAGUGUGAUUGAAACCCUUGUACAAAUUCAAAAUCUUGUUUUGUUUCAGAUAAAAGAAAAAUAUGGUUUAUGUUUAUGUCAUAUCUCCCGAAGAUAACUUAUGGUCCAAUGACUUCCAAAUCCUCUGCAAUUCCAACUUAGUGUUUUCAUAUAUAAAAAUAUUUGUAUUAGUCAUUCGAGCGAGAUGAUUCAGGUUUGAUGAUACCCGGAAAUCGCACAACUCCGCUACCCCACGACCACCAUACCAAAACAAUGUACAAAAUUGUAACAAGCCUAUAUAAAACAAGCACACACCGUCUUAAUCCAGCAUUCUGAUGUCAACUGUUAUACCAAUGUUUCCAAAACAGCCGCCAAUCUCGAUUCCAAUCAAAUUUGAUUUUCUUUUUGUCUAACGAUGCCAAAUCCAAAUUGUGUCCCACUAAGCAAUAAGCUCCAAACCUGCCGGAAGUAGCCAAAGAAAUAAGAUGUUUCCAGACAAAAUGCACUGAAUCCGACAUAGUGAAAAGAAAAAUAAAAUCUUAUAAGCUCUGAACUACAUACAUCAAAUAAGCCAACCGUUGACAAAAAAAAAACAUCAAAUAAGCCAACCAAACCAAUGUUAUUAUAAUUUCUCCUCAAAUCCCCAAACCGGAUCCUCACCUUUGAUUCCAUAUAAUUACCAGCGAAAAGCUCCUUAGAGUAUAAUGCUAUUCUCAUGAAAACACUUGUUUCUACCAUAUUUUCAUACCACUCUUCUACAAGAAAUUUGAUAUCCAAAACCACUACUACAAUUCCAAUCGAUGUCCUGUUUUUCCUCACACUCCAAAAAAAUAAAAAUAAGGGAAAAUUACUAGAAUGUAUAAGAAAAGUUGGUUUAUUACUAAAGUGUUAAACAUUUUUUAAAAAUUAAUAGAAUGUUUAGAUACCCAUAGUAAAUGACUGUAAGGGCCUUUGGUUAGUAUUUUUUUAAUUGAAUUAUUUUUAAACAUUAAAUCCACAUCACUAAUUAAAUAUACACAUCAUCAUAAUAGAAACCAAACCGUCUCUUCUUCAUCAUAACUACA